CAAAGAAAAAAUCCAUAAUUGUUGUCAAAAAGUUUUAUAAAUUUAUCGAAUCAUUUACCCUAAAUGUCUGAAUCAUCAACCAGCAGUAGCCGGCGUAGUUACAAUAGUAUUGCUAGUAGUUCUACCUUACAGUUACCGGUAAGAUCACAUCUACCACCUGCUCUUCCGGCUUCUUCUAUCGGACAUCGAACAGCUUCUCCGUAUUCGGUUAGCGAUAUGUUUCCAUCAUAUAUGUCAAACUAUCCUAGCGGUUACCUUACCGUUGGAUAUUCGCAGGGUCUUAGUAUCGGUCAUUAUGGUUCCUUAGGUUCAGGCUUACCAAUGGGAUUACACCCGCCUAGUAUUGGUGAGACAUUUCCUAGCUACGUGUCCGCUGCCUCAUAUAUGAGUGGUCAAGAACAGCCACCACGCGAUGGCUACUAUGAUUACCAACCACAUUGGGAUUGGAAAUCGCGCGUCUCAAGAGUUACUACCCAAGUUGAGGAUCAGCCACGUUGGGAUGGAGAUCGUCCCCAUGAGUUACAAACGGUUAAAGUCAACGAUCAACCUGAUCCUUUGAACAAAGGAAAAGCUCAUGCAUUACCACCAGGAAACAGCGACACUAAACCCCGAUGGGGAUGGAGGAAGUAGAUAUAUUAUACAAAAUCCAUAUGACGAAGUAAUUUAUUUGCUAAGAUUAUUAUCUACGUAAUUAGUUCCAAUUGUUUACGUUUCAACAUUUCCCGAUAUACAUAUGCAAUGUAAUAUGUUUUUUUUCUUUUUCUAAUGUAAUAUGUUUGCUUUGAUUUGAAUUGCGUAAUAAUCGAAUAAAAUAGUCUUCUGAUCA